GCUACCGUUCGAUUUGCGCAAAUCCGUAACGAUCCCAUUUCCAAACCGAAGUCAAACCAGGAGAGAUCAGGAAAUCAGCAGACGGCGAUUGGCCGGGGUCGUCAACUCCCACUGGAGGUUAGAGGGUGCUCCAGCUCGUGUCGUCGACGUCGCCCCUCGUCGUCCCUUUGUAAACACGUGGUAAGGUUCAUUUUAUUGACUGGAAUUUGGAAGCUGGAACACAAAAUGCCCACCACUCAGCAUUCGCCACAAGGUCAUGGUCAUGCCCAAGCCCACGACCACUCACUCCAAGGACACGCACUGGACAAGUAUGACGGCAAGGAUGCGGCUGCCGACAACAGCAACAUGCCCAAUCUGUCCACUCUGUCGCUGGACGAGCUGAAGCAACUGGACAGGGAUCCCGAGUUCUUCGACGACUUCAUCGAGGAGAUGUCCGUGGUGCAGCACCUCAACGAGGAGCUAGACUCUAUGAUGAACCAGGUGGAGAGCAUAUCAAGGGAGAACGAGAGCAAGGGCAGCCAUCUGGUGGAGCUGAAGCGCCGGCUCAGCGAUGAUUACACAGCUUUAAAAACACUGGGCGAGAAAUGCGACCAGCUAAAUAAGAAAUACUUGAAAAAGUCCGAGGAAUACGCACCCCAGCACAUAAGGGAACUCCUUCAGAUUGCUGCCUCCAAUGCCGAUGCCGACUGUGAUCGGCAUGUGGAGCACUUCCUGAAUGGAAAGAUCGAUGUGCAGACGUUCCUCAACACGUACCAGAGCUCCAAGAAGAUCAGCGCCGAGCGCAAGGCCAAGGAGGAGCGACUGGGCACCCAGCUGAGUGCCCUGGAGCGGGCCGGCAUCUAGGAUGGCCGGUGGAAGACAUUGGCUGUGCAGUCCACUCAAUGUUAUCUCAUCCCACUCCUCCGUUCGCCACGAGUCGCAAUAAUAGAGUCUAAGCAGGAUAAUCAACAGAGAAACCGAAUCGAACCGAACCGAACCGAUCAGAGAUAUGGAUCCAGAGCAGAGUCAGAGUCAGAGUUAUAUAUAAAUGGUAUAAGGGAUCCCAGAGGAUCCCCGCAACGGAACAGAAUGCUAAACAGUAGUGGAAAGCUAGUUUAAACCUAUAUUUUAACACGUGUGAAUCGGUAGAUUCGGUGGCUUGUAAUUCUAAUUAUUUUCCUAAAAACGGAACGCUAUGUGUUAUUUCCCAAUUCCAAAAUACAGUCCCAAAUUCAAGUCGCCUGUAUUACCCUUAGGUUAUAUAAAUAUUUUUGGUCCCUAAUUUUGUCCCAUGGCCAGCCGAAUCAAUGUAUUUGUACUAUGUAUAUUUAAUAAACUUUAUGAUUUAUCUGA